UUCUAUUCUCCAUCUGAUACCCGACGAUGCCUCCAGCUUGGAGGCCCUUUUACCUCAUUUUGAUUUCGGUAUGUGCCGCUAGUGCCACUCUCGACAUCUUCAGUAAUUCUUUUCUCGUAAGAUUCAAAAGGGACGUCCAUCAGGAGGAGGCCCAUGAAAUCGCCCAACGACAUGGGUUCGUUAACAUGGGCCCGCUUCUGGGAUCCAGGCGAGAAUAUCACUUCAUAAACCAUGGGAUUCCAAUUGCCAGAACGAAACGAAGCGUCCCACAUAUACGUAGGCUUAAAGUGGACCCACUGAUUCAUUCUGCGGUGCAGCAAACAGGAUUCAUCCGAGUAAAAAGAGGAUACAAGCCGCUGAAAGUAGAAAAUUUGGUAAAAAUCGAACCCCAUGAGGAUCCAAGCGAUCCUUACUUUCCGCUUCAAUGGUAUCUAAAAAAUACUGGACAAAAUGGCGGGAAAGCAAAACUUGACUUAAACGUAGAAGCAGCUUGGGCACAAGGUAUUACGGGGAAAAAUGUGACGACAGCUAUCAUGGAUGAUGGGGUAGACUACAUGCAUCCUGAUUUAAAAUUUAAUUACAAUUCAAAGGCGAGCUACGAUUUUAGCAGUAAUGAUCCAUAUCCCUAUCCACGUUACACAGACGACUGGUUUAACAGCCAUGGGACCAGGUGUGCAGGAGAGGUUGCAGCUGCUCGUGAUAAUGGUAUUUGUGGUGUAGGUGUAGCUUACGAUUCUAAAAUAGCUGGAAUAAGAAUGUUGGACCAACCUUAUAUGACUGAUUUAAUAGAGGCAAAUUCAAUGGGACAUGAGCCCAAUCUAAUUGACAUAUACAGUGCUUCUUGGGGACCCACUGAUGAUGGAAAGACAGUCGACGGGCCUAGGAAUUCAACGAUGAGGGCUAUUGUCAAAGGGGUUAAUGAGGGCCGAAAUGGAUUGGGUAAUAUUUACGUUUGGGCAAGUGGAGAUGGAGGAGAAGAUGAUGACUGUAACUGUGAUGGAUAUGCCGCUAGCAUGUGGACGAUUAGUAUUAAUAGUGCAAUUAACGAUGGACAAAACGCUCACUAUGACGAAAGCUGCUCGUCUACUUUGGCCUCAACAUUCAGUAAUGGAGCUAAAGAUCCAAAUACUGGAGUGGCAACUACCGAUUUAUAUGGAAAAUGCACAACGACCCAUUCGGGAACAUCGGCAGCAGCUCCUGAGGCAGCAGGUGUGUUCGCGCUAGCGUUGGAAGCAAAUAAUAAGCUGUCAUGGAGAGACGUUCAGCACUUGACUGUUUUAACAUCUAAACGGAAUUCUCUUUUCGACGCCAAAGGAAGAUUUCACUGGACUAUGAAUGGAGUAGGAUUAGAAUUUAACCAUUUAUUUGGAUUUGGAGUUCUAGAUGCCGGUGCUAUGGUGGCCUUGGCGAAGCGAUGGAAAUCAGUACCCCCGCGUUUUCAUUGCGAGGCAGGUACUGUCGAAAAAAUCCAAAAGAUACCAUCAAAAAAAUCAUUGAUAAUAAAAAUUACAACAAACGCAUGUAAAGGUGAAAAUACCGAAGUCCGGUAUUUGGAACAUGUUCAAGCUGUGAUUUCUUUAAACGCUACAAGGAGAGGGGAGAUUGAACUAUUUCUUACAUCGCCAAUGGGAACAAGAUCGAUGAUACUUAGUAGAAGACAAAAUGAUGAUGAUUCACGUGAUGGAUUUUCAAAGUGGCCUUUUAUGACUACGCACACUUGGGGUGAAUAUCCACAAGGUACUUGGACCCUUGAAGUAAAGUUCAACUCACAAAUUCCACAAAGAGGGUACUUAAAAGAGUGGUCUCUGAUGUUACACGGUACCAAAGAGCCACCAUAUACAGAACUACCGGUACUCGAUCCUCAUUCCAAAUUGGCGAUUGUCAAGAAAGCGCAUGAAAGUAGGAGCAAAAUGUAAUAGGUUUAGCGCUCAGUAUUUUUUUUAAUUUUCAACAUGUACUCUGUCCUACAACUUCGAGCUUAUAUGAGUCGCAAUAAGCAUCAAUAAAGUUAAUAUAAAUUCAAUUUAAAGAAAUUAGUCGUUUAAAACAAAAUAAGAGUAUUUUAAAUAAAAAUAGUACAGUUCUAUAAUGAAAUUAUAAUUCGAAAUAGUAGUUUCUGAAACAACUAUAUAAUUAAACCAUGAAAGGAUUAAAUGAAAGAUAUAAGAGUUAUCAAGAGAAAUUAGUUACUACGUUACUUACUAUUUAUGGAGGCAAAAAUAAGAUAAUAUAUGUCAAAACAAAACAGAAAAUUGCAGAAGAGACUAAACCAAUCAGUAAAAAAAAAUAUAAAACCAGUAAAAGAAUAAAAUCAAUCAGUGAAAAGAAAAUAGAAGCUUACAUAAAAAUGAAUAAAAAUAGAACACAUGGACAAAUAGUGGUUAAUAACAGUCACUGUGAGAAUUAUUAGAAUUAAUUUUUUUUUUUAAAUUCUUACAGGUAUCUGUAUAAAAAUAUUUAACAAUAUUAUUUAUUAUUAUUUGUAGAAUUUUAACCAAUAUCAGACCGAAGAUGUUACUUGAAAGAUAAGUAUCAUGAGCAUACAUGCUCCCACUAAAGAUAAAGAUCUAGAAACCAAAACAGAGUUCUACGAAAAGCUAAGCACUAUACAGAAAUACGAUAUAAAAAUAAUCAUUCGAAACAUAAAUGCAAAAGUCGGGAUAGAGAAGUAUAAGAGGGGGACGAGGUUUGCAUAAAAAUUCAAAUGAAAAUAGGAAAAAGUUAAUCAAAUUUGCUACAGAGAAGAAAAUGAAAAUAGCUGGCACACGGUUUGACAAUAAAGAUAUUCAUAAGAUAACAUGAACAUCCGCGAUGAUGUAAUAGUAAAAUAAUCAGAUAGACCAUGUCUUAAUAGAAAUCAAACAUGAUAACUCAAUAGACGAUUGCAGGAAUCACAGAGAGGCAGAUACCAACAGUGACUAUACAACAUACCAAUAAUCUCAAAACCUGUUAGAGGCAGAUUAAAUUACCAAUUAGAGCGCCUACAAAAGAAACCGGUAGUAGAGAGAUUAGAGGAAGAAAUAAAUAAAACGCUAGAAAAUUCAGUCAAGCAGGAAAUAGAAGAAGAAUGGCAGACCAUACAGACAGCCAUGUCUAAGGUAGCGGAAAAGUGUAUAGGAGCAAUGCAAGAGAGGUCAAAACUGGUUGAAAAGAUUGUGAAUGAUUUGGCAAGGAGGGCAAAACUACAAAGAGACAGAAAAUCCUACUGGAACCAGAAAGUUAAAAUAAGAAUUGAGGAUCAAAUGUCGGAAGAAAUAGAAAUUCUUCGGGGUGUGAGACAGGGCGGUAUAUUAUCACUACUGCUAUUUAAUACAUAUAGAGAAGUCGUCUUCCAAAAAGCUUUAGGAGAGUGUAAGGAUGGGAUGAUCAUAAAUGAGUCCUUAACAAUAUAAGGAAUGCUGAUGACACACACUGGCAUAUUCAUUUCGGGCAAAAUUCAUCAGGGCAAAAUUUGUGAAAAUGAAACAUCUAUUAUUGUAAUAGAGACCUAAGAAUGGAUCUAAGGAUAAGGUUGUUGCGCUGCUACGUUUUUACAACUUUGCUGUACGGAUCUGAAGCCUGGACAUUGAAGCGAUUAGAGAUUAAGAAAUUGGAAGCUUUUGAACGUUGGUGUUAUCGAAGAAUACUACAAAUAUCAUGGGUAGACAAAAUUAUCAAUAUUGAAGUCCUUGAUAGGGUUAAUAAGAGGGAAGAAAUUAUACAGACAUUAAGAGGUGGAAGCUUAAAUAUUUCGGUCAUAUAGUAAGAGUUCCUCGUUAUAGUCUGCUGCGUUUGAUUAUAGAGGGCAUAAUAAAAGAUAAAAGAGAUGUAGGAAAAGACGAACCUUCUGGAUACGAAAUCUAAGAGAAUGGUGUAGUCUGAGCUCUAACCAACUACUUAGAGCUGCUGUAAGUAAAAUAAGAAUUGCCAUAUUGAUAUCAAACCUUCGAUAGAAGAUGGAACCUUAAAAAGAAGAAGAGAACCGAAAUGUUAAAACACUAUUGAAGGAGAGAAAAAAGAAGAAACGUUCCAAGGAAAAAAUGGUUGAAACAGACUUCAGCAUACUCCACCAAAAUAGAAUUGCAUCCUCCAAAAAAUAUACUUAACUUGCGUUAAGUACCUGCAUAUACAAGAAUUAUAAAAUAAUGGUAAAACAAUAAUUUGAAAAUAUACUUCGUAUUUGAUUUCUCUUGAUAAUUAAACUGUAUUAAUAAGUAUAAUUAUAUCCACGGACAGAGAGUUUACAAAUAAAGACACAUUCAUUAACUUUAAAAAACAUACAUUUGUAUUAAAAGACAUUAUUUUUUCAGGGCUAGUAAAAGUUUUGGCUGGAUUGGCCAAUCUGAAAAUAUCGUUUUUUUUUUUAUUAAGCACAAACUUUACAGCCAAUGCCGACGAUAGAUAUUUUCAUUCUUAGCCAACUUUGAUCUUUUGCUGGUCCUGAAAUACUUAUUAAAAACGAAAAACAUCAGCUUGCAUUUAAGAAUUACAACUUAGAAGAAAACUUUGAUAUUCUAUAUGCAGUUUUUUUUUAAUUAUAAAGUAUUUCUAAACUGAAAAUAAACAUAAUAUUAUAUUGUUUGUAUAA